AUGUUGAGGCAGCCUAAUUUUCUGGAAAAAACCUGCACAAAAUCACAGCUACUAGAUCUUUGCAAUGCAUAUGAAGUAAAGAUUGCUAAAAACAAGAAGAAAGCAGAUAUCAACCAGGCAUUGGUGAAGGCAGUACUAGAAGCAGACUCUAUGAAAAAUCCAGAUGCUCUCAAACCCAGGGGAUCUAAUAAUCCAGACCUUACAGAACUAGUCAGCCUGGGAUCUUCUGAAACACAGGCAGUUGAAGCAAAUGUGAACCAACCAGGAACUACUGUUACCAUUCAAGAGCCACAUGGGUCACAUUCAAAGCAAGAUUUCCCAAUUGAAUGCCCUGGACCCAGUACAUCAAAUUCUUUUCCGUUGGAGGAAACUGAAGAUCCAGAUGUAAUCACAAAAUCAUCAAGGGUAAAAGGUUGCAGUAAACGAAAACCGUCAAAAGGCAAGGGUAAAGCCAAGGCAAAGAAGAAAAAAGUUAAAUUCCCAUGUGGAGGAUGCAGUUAUGAAUGUAUAGAAAAUGCUAUAGCAUGUGAUGGUUGUGAUGAUUGGUACCAUUUUCAGUGUGUUGAUAUUGACCCAGAAAAUACAACAAGUGAAUGGUAUUGUCAGCAUUGCAAAAUGUAA